AUGCAUAUGUAUUUUAAUAGCGGGGUUAGGGAAUUGACUGGACGGCGCUCUUGUGAAAUAACCCGUCUCCUCAUCUUCGCUAGCACCAAGCCUUCUCACUACCUCACCUUUACAUCAGAGUGUCCUGUAGAGAAAUUCAGUCGAUUGUACUUUUCUUUAGAUAUUUAUGAGAGCGUGAAAAUAUCGAGUAUCAUUUGUAUUUUAGAUAAUUUUUUAUCAAUUUCAGGGCCCUUCCUUUGUAAAAUACUGCUGUUCUUUUCGAAUUCAUCUGCUUGUUUUGUAAAUUGGGUAUGGUUGGUGAUGUUUGUUCAACGAUGUGCUGUUAUCUUGUUCCCAUUGAAGAGAAUUCCAAAUACGAAAAGUUUAGUUCUUCGAAUUGCUCCCGAAUAUGUUCGUGUGUGCCUUUUUAUCGAAAUCGUAGCCGUUUCUUUUCCCAGUACAGUAACGUAA